AUGGUCAAAGAAGAAUCCGCAGACAGUUUCUUGCUUAGGACCUCUGACUUUGACCCACCAAUGUCUGGCUUUCGCCCAGCCAUAGAUACUCCACGUGCAACACCAUUCUCAACCUUCCCCACAGAUGCGAGAACUCAGGGGUUUCUUCGGCUUGUGAAGAGCUCUUCGGCUGAUGAUGAUUUCAAUUUCGCGAGUACUCUGGAGCACAAAGAAAAGCUCGGGGACAUCAGAGCAGCACCCUUGUUUUCGAAUCGUGUAAGACUUGCCCUAGACUCGGGCUAUAUGAGACGGAUGGGAGCCGUCGAUCCUAUCGCAUUUCCCCAGUAUGGUCUACUUGGCACCUGCCAGCAAUUCUACGGCAACGAGCGACUCAAGUCAGAAGUUCUCCCUGUUGAAGACAACUUUCUCAUGGUGAAUAUGAACACCCCAUGGUCUGCUUUUGUUUGCGGAUCUCAGGGUAGUGGUAAAAGCCACACCCUAUCUUACAUCCUUGAGUCAGCUCUCCUGACUUCCUCAUCGGCUGGUGAAAAUCCGGAGCCCCUUGCAGGAUUGGUCUUUCAUUAUGAUCAUUUCACGAGCCAGGAAAGUGCACAGUUAUGUGAAGCCGCAUAUCUGUGCUCUUCCGGUGUUCCUGUUCGAGUCCUUGUGUCGCCUUCGAAUUAUGCUGCUAUGCACCAUUUGUAUAGUAAUCUACCAGGCUUGCCAGAAACUUCUCCCAAGCCACAAGUGGUGCCGCUUUACAUCAAGGAGGAACAUUUGAAUGUCAGCCGGAUGAUGACGCUCAUGAAUAUGAACAACGUUGAGAAUCCCCCGCUCUACAUGGAAGUCCUCUAUCAAAUUUUGCGUGAUAUGGCUAUGGACAACAACGGCAGCCCUGGUGUUGACUACGCUGACUUCUCAGCGCGGUUAGACAAGCAAGGGUUUAAUGAGAUGCAGAAUGGUCCGCUGAACCUUCGCCUGCAGCUUUUGGAAGCCUUUCUCGCUCAUCGUGACCAGUCUACCGAAUCCUCAGCGUUGCUAGAUGAUUAUUUCAAAUCGGCACAAGGAACUUUAACGAUCGUUGAUCUGAGCUGUCCCUUUGUCAAUGAGAACGAUGCCUCUAUCGACGAGGCACACAAAUUCCUGACAAAGACCGGCGAAGCCAAGAGACUGACCGAGCAGUUGGUGUCUCUCAUCCGACAGCAACGUCAUCUGAGCACUCGUGUGGUAAUUGCCACUCAAGAACCUACGUUGUCCUCUCAACUCAUUGACCUAUGUAACAUCUGUAUCGUCCACAGAUUCAACUCUCCUGCGUGGUUCAGCGUCCUGAGAGACCAUCUCGCAGGCGCGAACGCCAGUUCUGGUGGUGGCAAAGCAGAAGCUCCGCAAUUAUUUGUUGAUAUUGUUGCUCUUCGCACAGGUGAAGCUUUCGUGUUCUGUCCCACUGCUCUGAUGGACGUGGUCGAAGGCCAAAUGGUCAACCUACAAAAUGGUUUCAUCAGAGUCAAAAUCCGACCGCGCUGUUCCGUGGAUGGGGGUCGAAGCAUUCUCGCUUCAGAUCGAGCUUCCCUCAUCAACAUUCAGCCUCGUCGGGUCUCAGAUAUUGUUCGUCCUUACCCCCGACGCGAGAACGUCAGAACCAAACGUUCACGAGGUGAGAGAGGUGGUAGUUCCACCACAACCGCAAUGUUGGACACUUCGAUCCCGGAAGUGGUCUACAGCACGCCGCCCGUUUCUACUCCUCCUGCACCAGUCAAUCCACCCGCAGUGCAGCGGCCAGUCGUAUCUGCAGCAAGUCAACUAUUUCAGACGAAAGCUGAGAAGAAGAUCAUUCUUAACGCACUGCGUGACGAGACCAUAGCUUUUUUACGAGCACAUCCACAUAGUCUGACAUAUCACGAAGUGAGACGAAGUGUCGCUGCAAGUCUCAAUCUCCCCAACGGGUUUUUCAACGAGUUGACCUGGGUCCAACUUAGCAAGAACGUUGUGAAAGAACAAGCGGUAUGUUGUUUUUGA